UCAGCGGUAAACCAGUGUGAGUGUCUGUGAAUUUUGAAUCACAGCGCUCAGGAAAGUUUGUGGAGUUUUUAAACGACUUUAUUGCCGCGAGCAAUGGCUGUGCUGGCAAGCUAACCAAAUAUCGGAACCGAACCGAGUGGAAAUGAUCGACUAAUAUAAGGAGUGCGUGAACUCUGAUGUGAUGGCAGAGCUCCCAUCUGGGCUCCUGGAGGCUUGUGUAGUGGUAGGAGCUUCCAGCGAUAAGCUUCGAGAGAUACCGCAACACACGAAGUCAAGUGAACUUCCCCUUCUGGAUCCUGAGGUACUGCAGGUCCAUGCUCCGCCGUUUGUUUCCAUAGAGGCCAACUCGAACCACAUCAUUGGUCCGGCUUUCAGCCGUGUGCAGAGGAGAAGAAGUUUCAUUAAAAAGAAGAGGCGAGAUCGUGCUGCGGAGGUUGUGUCUAAUGGAGAUUCAAGCAGUCGUCGCGAAGCAUCGCCUGCAACAGAGGACAUCAGCGUUCCGAAGGAUCUGGACCUCAUCGCUUUGCCUCAGCUCUGUUUCCCUGAUGGUCUUCAGCUAGCCAGCGAGCAGAAAGAUGACACUUAUCACUUCUUGGUUUUUACUGACCUGUUUGGGAAUCGAACCCAUGGAGUUGUUGUCCAGUACUACAGAGCUGUGCAGUCUAUUCAGGAAAGUGUCUUACAAAAUGGCCACAGAUGGAAUACACCCAAGUGUCGUCUGUUUGCUCCUUUUGCUGUGUGCAUCAUUUCAAAGUUUCCCUACUACAAUGCCCUGAAAGACAGCUUGUCAUGUCUGCUGGUCCAGUUGCGGACUGCAAGACAAGCUGAUCUUGAAGAAACAAUCAGAGAGUUUUCAGCCAAGCUGUCCCUUGUUCCCCUACCACCUCCCGGACAGCUGCAUGUGUCUUUCAGUCUUCGUCCCCUUCAAGUGGUUCUCCCGUCCAGAGACGAUCAAGACAGUCCCGUUGUAGACAUCAACCUUCACCUUCCCCUUCUCUGUUUCACUCACACAGCUCUGCUCCAGGUGCUUUCCUGCCUUCUGCAAGAGCAGAGGAUUGUCUUUUUCUCCUCAGACUGGGCCAGACUUACUCUGGUGGCAGAGAGUUUGUUGCUGUACCUGCAGCCGCUGUCCUGGCAACAGCCCUAUGUUCCUGUCUUGGCCCGAGGAAUGCUGGACUUCCUUAUGGCGCCGACCGCUUUCUUGAUGGGUUGUCACAUUAAUCACUUUGAAGAGAUUGCUGCUGAGACAGAGGACCUAAUCCUUGUGAAUGUGGAUGACGGCUUUAUUCAGACUUCCUGGUCUGACGCUGUUGACCUUCCUACAUUACCUCUGGCUGCAGCAGAGUGCUUUAUUUCAAGGGCAGAGAGCUUACAGCUUCAGUACGAUUUGGAGCUGUGCCACCUUGGAACAGGUACAGAUGUUAACACCCUUCGCUCCCAGCGUAGAGGCUGGCAGCAGAAACUCAACUCCCAGAUCCAAAACAUUGCCCUGGAACUAGUGGUCAACAUCUUCAGAGGGGUCCAGGACUUCUUAAACCAUGAACACAGAGUUUUUAAUAGUGAGGAGUUUCUCAGAACCAGGGAGCCAGACGACCAGCUGUUUUACAGAAAGGUGUUGGAGACGCACAUCUUUCACUCAUUCCUGCGGGACAGGCUGAACCGGAAAAGAGAUUCCUUCAGUCGCAUGGAGCAGAUGACACAAAGCCACGCUCACCGGAAUCGUGCAAUGACAGAAUCUCCACGCCGCCCUCCGAUGUCUGAGCUGUCCAAAGCUGGCCCUGACCGCAAAUUGAGCAAACGGCUGGGAGCCAGUCUGCCGAAUCUCGACCAACCCAUUAACGAAUCAGUCACGUUGAACGUCAACAGACUACUCUCCAUUCGGAAGAUUAGUCCCGACAGUGGGUUGAAGUUCCUUCAGAAACCUCUGAAGGUGUUCCGUCUCCCAGAGUUCCCGCCACCAUUAGCCUAUCAUUAUGUUCAGAACUAUUACUCUGACAUGGUAUCCUCACUGGGGAAGGCUAUCAGUGUGACACCACCUGAUGAAUCUGCGCUGCUGGCCAGAUACCAUUACCUCCGGGGUUUGGUGAACACUGUGUCCAACAGGCGUCUGGAUGCAUUAGAGGAUUUCCAUAGUCUUUAUAAGACCGACGCUGAAAUCUUCCCUUCUCAGAUGGUUAACUCUUUAAUAGACUCCCUGCCGGAUGUUGAGCGGGUACAGGCGGACAGAAGGCCAGAAAUCAAACGCCUAAUCAGUCGGCUGAAGAGGGAACAGGAACGGGAGCGUGCGAUCCAGGGCACAGGGCAGGAAGACGCAACAGUAAAGCGUUUCCAGCUGCCGAAAAAAUACAUGCACUUGGAGGAGUUUGUGAAAUGUGUGCAGGAGUCUGGCAUCGUAAAAGACCAAGGAACCAUUCACAGACUGUUUGAUGCUCUAACCGUAGGUCACCAGAAGCAGGUUGGUCCAGACUUAUUCAGAGUCUUUUACACCAUCUGGAAGGAGACUGAGGCCGAGGCUCAAGAGGUGUGUCUGCCAGCAUCUGUGCUGGAGCACAUUGAUGCUACCGAAUGCGUCUUCAAGCUGUCAUCCUCCGUCAAAACAAGUCGUGGUGUGGGGAAGAUCGCCAUGACUCAGCGUCGGCUUUUCUUGCUGACCGACGGACGACCGGGAUACGUGGAGGUGGCACAAUAUCGAGAUUUAGAGGAAGUGAGGGUGUCCUCUGCUCCCUUCCUGGUUCUACGCAUCCCCAGCCUGAAGAUCCGUGUUCAUGGAAGGAAGGAGACAUUCGAGGCCAACCUGAAAACGGAAACUGAGCUGUGGAAUCUGAUGGUCAAGGAGAUGUGGGCAGGACGAUCAAUAGCUGACCGACACAAGGAUCCACAAUAUAUGCAACAGGCUCUGACCAACGCCCUGUUGAUGGACGCUGUAGUGGGCAGCCUUCAGAGCAGUAAGGCUAUCUUCGCUGCUUCUAAACUCGCUUACUUUGACCGCAUGAGUCUAGAAGCUCAGAUGAUGGUUCCCAGCACAACUUCAGAGGCGCUGAAGCAUAAAAUAAAUCCGUCUGUGGAAUUUGCCGUACCCUUGGCUGUAGAUGUGUUGUUGUACACUCCAGGUCAGUUAUGGGUGUCAGUGGGUGUAGGGAAGGUGAUGGUCUAUGAUGCAUCCAGCUGGUCCCUCAUACAAACCUGCCAAGUUGGAAAUGCAAGACUGAACUGCAUGCUGGGAGUUGACAGAGACCAGGUCUGGAUGGGUUCUGAGGACUGUGUCAUUUACAUCAUCAGUGUGGUGUCCAUGGUCUGUAACAGGCAGCUGACUGAGCACAGGGCAGAGGUCACAGGACUUGCACUGGACAACGAAAAAUACUGCCACAAGGUGGCGUACUCCUGCAGUGCGGAGGGAACCGUCGUGGCGUGGGAAGUCUCGACUCUACAGGUGAAGAGACAUUUUCGUCUCUCCUGCGAUCGCCUGCUGUCAGUCUACAGCUGUGGUGGAGUUCUCUGGUGUUGCGCUAGGGACGGUAUAAUGGAGGUCUGGAGGAAUGGUACAUUAAAACAACAUAUAAAUCUGCCCGAACAACAGAGAGUCACGUAUAGCUCUGCUCUGCUGAUACCUGAGAGCGAGGAGCUUUGGAGUGUGUGUAUCGACUCUGCAGAGGUGUAUAUUUGGCACGUUAAAAACGCAAGCAGACCUAUCAACCGCGUGAUGCUGCAGGACUGCACUGGAUGCUACUGCAUGAUUCAAGUCAAAAACCAGGUCUGGGUCGGGGCUAUGGGCCGUAGCUCUACCAAGGGAAAGAUUUACAUCCUGGACACGGAGCGCUACGAGGUUCUGAAGGAGCUCCACGGCCACAUCGACAAGGUGACGGCGCUCUGCUCCGCUGAGGACCGCUACGUCCUCAGUGGAGCCGCCAAACGCGACGGGAAAGUCGCCAUCUGGAAGGUGGAGGAUCGAGGACUGGACUCAAGCAAAUGUUAGCUAAAACUAAUGGACCUUCUCGUGAACAAUGAAGGUUGAAAAAAAAUACAGAGAAAUGAAGGGAAGCCCAACAAAGACUGAUAAAUAAAUGAAGGAAUUACAUGUGAAGCAUCGAGUUUAUAUGAAUUCAAAAACUUUAAACCUUUUUCUAAGACUUAUGUUAGCAGCACUAACACAAUUGACACUUUUUCAAGUUUUUAGCGAAGAUGAACGACUGAAAAACACAAAGUGUGCUGAUGGUUUUUACUCCAAAGUGUCUCACUUUACAUUCUACAUAUGUGUUUAUGUAAGGUCGUGUGCAAUCUGAGAACAUGAUGUGCGUUAGCUUCACCUCAUGCUGUGUGCUUGACGUAGAAAUCUGCAGCUCCAAGGAGUCAAAAUACCAUGAAAAUACAGAAGAGGCUGGAGAUUUCAGCAGCACUGUGGGAAAGCGCCGACAGCGGUGCUUUAAUACGAGGAUGCAUGGUGAUGGGAACUGGAGUCGGCGAAUACAACAGAGCAUCUUGAGAACCUGUGCUUACUCCGAGCACAAAGCCUUAGAAAAGUAUUCAGCCGUUUCACAUCCUGCCACGUUACAGCCACAAACAUUGAUGGGUUUUAUUGGGAUUUAGUUUUAUGGAUUACCAUAAUUGUCCCGCUCGAAUAAAAACCUUUUUAAUCAUGUAACAGAUUUCCAUGCAGAGAUGUAAAGUAAAAAGUUACUUCGCUUCACAAUUCUCUAUUACUUUGUAUUUGUCCAAGAAAACCAAAUGAAGCACAUUGUUUGUGGUUAUAAUGUGGAAAAAUAUUAACUAAAAUACACAGCUUUCUUUUCUCAUUUUUUUAAUUUAUUUAUUUUUCUGCAAUACAUUUUAUACCUUGUGAUAUAUUUGGUUUGUAGUUAAAGUGACUGGAAAAGGUCAAAGUGUUCAAAUAUUUAACAUUCAGAUGUUUAUAACAUGCCUGUAAAAUGCUUCAGUUGUUGGAAAUGAUUUGGUUUCUUGUAUUAGCUGUUUAAUCUCCAGAUUUAUAUAUUUCACUAUUCAUUAUUUUUUUAUUUAUCUGCUGUAUCUAAUCAAUUUCUAGUUAUAUGCAUUCCUAUUUUAAUUUACGUUUUAAAGACAUAAUUGGGAAAUCUUGUAGCCAAAACUAUUCUUACAAGUUUUUACCAAUAGUAAAAAUAUGUUGUAAAACAAAACAUUUAAUGCUUUAUUAUUAUUAUUAUUAUUAAGCUCUUUUUUAUUAUUAUUUUGGAAGAUAUUUGUCGAUUUUGGGUCUGCCAUACAAUUAACACAGCAUGUCAGAAAAAGGAUUUGAUAAAAUUGUGAUUUUUAACUCGGUCAUAAAACCCUGAAGAAGAAAAACUCAUCAACAACUUGUGAUGAGUUUUGAUCUUGAUCUUAAAAUCAAGAUAACUUGAUUUAUGAAACAGGACAUUAAUAGAAAAUAUACCAGCAGUCCACCUAUAACAAACAAAAAAAAUGAAUGUAGUUUUUGAGGGGUUUAGUCAAAUUCUGGCCUUAAAUUCAGCUGUUAUGCUGUUAAAUCACCUUAAACAUGCAGCUUUCAGUCUAAAAGAAAUCCUCCAUUGUUGCUAAAUUAAAACAUUUUCACAAAUAAGAGUGGGACAAAAUACCACUAGUGAUAUCCCAAUUAUUGCUUAGUAUCAAGUGGACUAUUUGUCAGUGUCACAUAGUGGCAAAAACUGAUUAUUAUUGAGAACAUCCCUGUUGGAUAUUAAACUUCAUUUGUUGAUCUGUGUCAAAAAUGGAGUAAAAAGAGAUUUGUUAUUAACAAAUACUUUUUCAAGUGUCUUCUUCAAAUUUUGGGGGGAAAAAAUGGCUGUAACAUUCACAAAAAAUUAUCUCGUUUUUAAAUAGACUACCCAAAUAACAAGAAAAUGAAAUUAUCAAAAUGGGAAAAUUGUGAAAUUUUGGUCAAUGUAGAUAUUGAUUGUCUAACCAGCUCUGUCAAUAAUCAAAAUGGUUGCUAAGAUUAUUUUAGUGGCAAAAGGAAUCAGUGUGAAGUUUAUAUAUAAAAUAGCAGUUGAUUGAUUAUUUUAGACACUUUUGUUUACAGCUGUACUGUAAAAAUUUGGUAUAUUUAUUCAAGGUGUGAGAAUAUCCUUCUGUCCAAUGCUUACAAUGCACUUUCUAAUAGUUAUCAGUAGAGGGCGCAGUUUUACCAAAAAGGAACGAAAUUGGUCCAACAUUUCGUAGCUUCAGACCUGCAGAAAAAUCGGUCACCUAUUGAGUCUGCAAGCAUUUCUGUUAACGUGAUUACAGUGACGUCACAGCAGUAUCAACAGCUUCAAAUCAUCCACAUAAAUUUGGAGUAGAAAACAUGUUUUUGUGUUGGUUUGCUGAUUUUUCAUUGACUUCACACAUUAUGCCAGCUCUAAGUCAAAGAACUGACCUGCAGGAAGAAAAUGAGCUGCUCAGCUCACUGCUGCAGUCUGCACGGUGGAAGACUAAACAAAGUCGAAUAGACAAAUCCUGCCCUGCUCGAGUGUCCUUGAGCAAAACACUAAAUCCAUGCAUGGCCGCUGGUCCCCCGUGGGGCUGGUGGAGAUGUUUUUCCCCUCCAGGACUCUGGCAUUUACAAUGGCCUGCACUUUGUGUGACUGUGCUGGUAACAUUAAGCCAUAAGCAGCUGUUAAUCUCCCAGCAUGCAGCUCCACUUGUUCCUCAGCACUAGUUGGGUUUAGGACGCUUUCUGUGUCUCCUGCUGAGUUUUUAAUCACUUUCUCUAACCCAUAAAUCUUUACUUGGUAAAAGGGAGUUUAAGUUGUAAGCAGGCCCAAAAUAUACACAGCUUAGGGAACUAGCUUGGCUCAAAACCUUCUGCUGUUCUGCCAGAGACGCUGUUCUUUACGGCUUCAAGUCGCAGCUGCUCUUUGUCUUAAAUUUGUUGCUUCAAUUUACAAAGGCUGACACAUUUCUUGGUAACGAUGAUAAAGAUGUGUAUGGUAGAAGUGUAAUCUCACACUGAAAAUUGUACAUUUUGUUUCACUACAUUUAUUCAGGCAAGAUUUUUCUUUUAUAAUAAAAUUUUUAUUGGUUUAUUUUGAUCAAUAAUUAGAAAACUGAACCAAUAAUUUGUAACUUUUUAUUAUUAUUAUUUGUAUUCCUCCUUGUUUAUAUGAUUACUGUUAGUUUUUUUUACGACAUUUUAAAAGUUUGGUGCAUAUCAAGAGAGAAGAUCUUUGUAGUGCUUAUUUUUUCAAUCACUAAGACGUACAAAACUGUUUGUUUACCCAAAGUUGGAAAAUCAGGACAAAAAUGGUGGAUAUUAUUUAAUUUUAUUUUUGAUUAAAAUCUAUAUGUU